AUGACGUCUUCUAUGCAGGAGUAUCCACGGCCAGAUUUCACCCGUCCGGACAUCAACUGGAAAUCACUCAAUGGUCCUUGGAGUUUCCUCUACGAUGAUGAUGACGUCGGCUUACAAGAUGGAUGGCACCGGCGAGGUCUCCCUGGGCAAAUUGCUGUGACCGCCGGACAGGACAGCGGCGCGGGGAAAACUUUACAAAAGAGGGAGAUUAUAGUACCCUACGUCUUCCAAACCCCUGCAUCUGGUAUCGGGGAGCGCGAGCCCCAUGAAGUCAUUUGGUAUGAACGAUUAGUCGAUGACAUUCGCCCGCCAGCAGAGCUUGACAAACGUUUCAGCCUGCUGCUCCGAUUCGGUGCAGUCGACUAUGAAGCUACGAUCUGGCUUGAUGGCCAGUAUGUUGGUGAGCAUAGAGGCGGACAUGUGCCUUUUGAUCUGGACCUGAGUGAGUUCGUCAAAGCUCAGCAACAGUCCGCAAGGGUGACUAUUCGCGUUCGCGACUCUCCAUAUGACCUAACUCAGCCCAGAGGCAAGCAGUACUGGGCUGGGAAACCCCAGGGAAUUUGGUACACACCCUCUAGCGGUAUUUGGCAGUCUGUAUGGCUGGAGAGCGUGCCUCGUGCGAGAAUCGCGGAGAGUAGCAGUGGAACUGUCCUCAGGUCGAAUGACAUCCAUGGCGGAUUGCUUCAUGGUACCAUUGCUGUAGCUGGUCGGCGAGCUGGACAUAAAUACCACGUCAAGAUUCAGGUUUCCAUUGGCGGAGUAGUUGUGGACAGAACUUCGCAGAUCUCCAUUCCCCAACAUUCCAGCGUGGUGGAUUGUACCGUUCGUACCAAACUAAGCCGUGAGCAACUUGGCAAGCUCCCUAUAAGCCUAUUGAACGACUCACCUCUCGAAGAUCAUACCGCCUGGCUAGAUGGGGUUGCCCUGUGGUCCCCCGACCAUCCGCUUCUUUAUGAUGUUGCCUUGUAUCUUUUUGAUGGUGAAGGAACGCUUUUGGACGAAGUCAGGAUGACAACGGGUAUGCGAGAGCUAAAUUGGACCACCGGUGACAACACGUUUAGGCUCAAUGGUCACCCACUCUUCCAAUCGCUAGUGUUAGAUCAGGGAUAUUGGCCGGAAACUGGGAUGACACCGCCGUCUGCAGAGGCGCUCAAGCAGGACAUUGAAUUGGCUCAGAGCAUGGGCUUCAAUGGCUGUCGGAAGCACCAAAAAGUGGAGGAUCCGCGCUUCUUGUACUUUGCGGAUCGGCUUGGUUUUCUCGUUUGGGGGGAGAUGGCAAACGCGUACGAGUUUAACGAUACAUAUGUGGAUCGGUUCGACGAAGAAUGGAUGGCGGCAGUGAAACGCGAUAUCAACCACCCUAGCAUUGUCACCUGGACUCCGAUCAAUGAAUCCUGGGGUUACCCUGAGCUUAAGAAUAGCGUACAGCAACAGAACCAUAUCCACAGCCUUUACUACAUGACGAAAUCCUUGGAUCCGACCCGAAGCGUCAAUGACAACUGCGGCUGGGAGCAUGUCUGCAGCGACUUAACUACAUUCCAUGAUUACAGCGACGGACCCGCGCUGGCAAACAUCUGCAAGACUAUGGAAGGUAUACUCGAUAAGAAAGGGGGCCGCCAUACAUUUGUGGGCGGAAGCAGACACCGAAAAGGGGCGCCAGUUAUGUGUACGGAACUCGGCGGCGUAAACAUCGCACCCAGCAACCCCAAUGCAAAAGGCGAGGGUGAUUGGGGCUAUACUACUGCAAGCGAUCCCGCAGACCUGCUUGCUAGGCUGGAAAGGCUCUUGAUGGGCGUCGUCAGCGGUGGCCAUUGCUGUGGGUUUGUGUACACUCAAAUUGUCGAUGUUGAACAGGAAGUCAACGGAUUGUACAGUUUUGAUCGGAAGGCUAAGCUGAAGCCGGAGCUUGUCAAGGACAUCAACGACCGGGCGAAGAAGGUGUAUUUUGAGUCAAUAGAUUCCAAGGGGCUAAGUAAGCGCUUGCGAACUUUCAAGCAUAUGGUCCAGGGCAAGGGGUAA